GGAAAAACGUCGACGAUGUCGUCACAUGAGUGAAUGGGCCAAUAUGGCGCCGAGACCCAGAAUGUCGACUUAACAGGAGUUUGUUUUUAAUUUACCAUUCAUUCAGGAGGAUCCUAUUUUAGUUUAAGUUGUCUUUAAGUCACGCUGUGGAGCUGCAGGAUGUCCGGGAAAAUCAGCGAUCAGUUCAAGCCUGGCGAUCUGGUGUUCGCCAAGAUGAAAGGCUUUCCUCACUGGCCUGCCAGGGUUUGUAAAUCAGAGCACGGGUACAGGAAGCGAGUUCCAGUCUACUUUUUCGGGACCCAUCAGAUAGGCUCCGUCACACCAGAGAACGUCGUUCCGUACGUCGGCAACAAGCUGAAGUAUGGCAGUGGUGUGCGCAUCAAAGGCUUUGCUCAGGGCAUGUGGGAGAUCCAGAACACACCCAGGAUCGGCAGUAAACUCAAAGUUCCAGCAAAGACCUGCAGUAAAACAACAUUAGCUAAACCAGCUUCAUCUCUUACACUCUCCAAAUCACCUUCUACAUCUUCUAAACAACCUCCUGAUAACAAACCUAAAGGUGCCUCUGCUCCCACUAAGUCUGAGCGUGACACUAAACCAGCUACAAGCAAAAGCACCCUGGGUGGAGUUUCUGGAGAGAAAGAUGUUUUGCAGAGAGCUACAAGAACGUCAUCUAGAUCAACACCAGAUAACACAACCCAGUCAAAACAAGAUCUUGUAGAGCGGGCUGCACCUUCAAGAACUUCAUCUCGAUUGGUUCUGGAUAAAAACACUGACUCCAAACAGGAUAUACAAACUCCGAAGUCUUCCCCAGCCACAAGAACAUUGUCAAAAUUAGCUCCAGAUAAAACAACAGAAUCUAAACAAGACGCUGCAGAGCAUGCUGCAACUACAAGAACCUCAUCUAGAUUGGUUCCAGAGAAAAACACUGACUCCAAAUCGGAUAAAGAAACUCCAGAGCCUUCCCCAGCAACAAGAACAUCGUCAAGGUUGGCUCUAGAUAAAUCGACGGAAUCUAAACAAGACGCUGCAGAGCAUGCUGCAACUACAAAAACCUCAUCUAGAUUGGUUCCAGAGAAAAACACUGACUCCAAAUCGGAUAAAGAAACUCCAGAGCCUUCCCCAGCAACAAGAACAUCGUCAAGAUUGGCUCCAGAUAAAACGACAGAAACUAAACAAGACUCAGAGCGGGCUGCACCUUCAAGAACCUCAUCUAGAUUGGUUCCAGAGAAAAACACUGAAUCCAAACAGGAUAAAGAAACUCCAGAGCCUUCCCCAUCAACAAGAACAUUGUCAAGAUUGGGUCUAGAGAAAAUGACAGAAUCUAAACAAGACGCAGAGCGGGUUGCACCUUCAAGAACCUCAUCUAGAUUGGUUCCAGCUCAAUCCUUACUUUCCAAACAAGAUGAAGAUGCUGCAGUGCCUGCCCCAGCUACAAGAACAUCAUCUAGAUCAGCUCCAGAUAAAACUGAAUCUAAACAAGACCCUGAAGACCGGGCUGUACCUUCAAGAACCUCUAGAUUGGUUCCAGAUAAAAAAACAGACUCCAAACAGGAUAAAGAAACUCCAGAUUCCGCACCAGCUGUUCGAGGGUUGUCCAGGUUAGAUCCAGAUAAAAGCAUCAACUCCAGACACUUUAAAGAAUCCGCAGAGUGUGGUGUAGCAAGAAUACAGUUGUCCAGAUUAGCUCCAGAUAAAACAAUAGAAUUCAAAUAUGGUAAAGAUAGAACAGAGCAGGUUGCAGCUACAAGAAUGUUGUCUAGAUUAGCUCCAGAUAAAAGCCUAGAAUCCAGCCAGGCUCAAGAAACAGCAGACCAGUCCGCUGCUACAAGAACCUCAUCCAGAUUAACUCCAGAUAAAUCAGCAGAUCCAAAGCAUGAUAAGGAAACAGGAGAGCUUGCUGCUGCUACAAGAAGCAGAAGGUCAGCGAGCGGUGGUCCGUUUGCAGAAAGUUCAACUGAAAAGGAAACUCCAGCACAGAUCCAAAGAGAGGUAAGAUCAAGAAGGGCUUCCACAGCUGAGUCUGCUUCUGGUGGAAAACCUGCCGCAGGAGCAGCUGCGAGUGAACCUCCAGCUAAGAAUAAAACAACGAGCAGCAGUGAUCAAGAAGCUGCAGCAUCUUCGACAGCUUCCAUCUCUGCAGACACAGAGGGAUUUGCUGCUGGAAGUCGAGUUUCCACCCGGAGCAGAGGGACGGAUAUAAAGCUCAGUGAUGUUCCCGAUGUGGCAACGUCCGGAAAGAGGAGGAAAGAUGUGGAAAAAGAAGAGAUCCAAGAGGUCAAAAGGAAGAAAGAGGAGGAAGAGAAGAAGGAGGAGGCAGGGGAAUGUCUGUGUAGCAGCGAAGGGAAGAAAGACCCAACACGUGAGAGUAGAGGUUCAAAAAGAAAGAAGGAGAAAACUGAGGAAAGAAGAGAGGGAAUCAAGACGAGCAGAACUGAGAAGGAAGAGACAACUGGGAAGGAAACAGGGGGAAGACAAACCAGGAAACCUGAAAGAGAGGAGGAGAAACAAGAGGAAAAAAGCAAGGAAGUAAAGACCAGGAGAUCUGAGAGAGAGGAGACAUCAGACGAGGAAACAAAGGGAAGAAAGACAAGGAGAGGCGAGACAGAGGAGGAGAAACAUGACAACAAAAGAGAAGGAAUGAAGAUCAGGAGAUCAGAGAGAGACAAUGAGGCAUCAGAGAAAGAAUCAGAGAAAAUAAAGAUGAGGAGAGGUCACAGAGUUGAGGAAAAAACUGAGGGAAUAAAUCAGAGGAAGACUGCAGAGGAAGAAACCAUAACAUCUGGGAAAAUGAAGGAGACCACCAAGGAUGGAGCAAAAACAAAGGAAACUGAGAAAGAGCUGGAGAAACAUGAAGAAAAAAGAGAAGGAAUGAAGACCAGGAGAACUGGGAAAGAAACACCUGAGGAGGAAACUGAGAGGUCAAAGAGAGGAGAGAAAGAUGAGGUGAAAACUGGGAAAGUAAAAACCAGAAAAGUUGAAAAUGAGGAGGAGAAACCUGAACUAAUGAAGACAAGGAGAACUGAGAAAGAGGAGACACCUGAGAAAGAAUCAAAAACAAGGAAAGACGGGGAGAAACAUCAAGAAAAACCAGAAGCCAUGAAGGCCAAGAGAAACGUGGAGGAAAUGGAGGUAACAAUGACCAGGAGAAGCAAGAAAGAUGAGGAGAAAACUGAGAAAAACAAAACCAGAAAAGCUGAGAAACCUGACGAGAAAACUGAAGAAAAAGGAGAAGGAAUGAAGACCAAGAGAACUGAGAAAAAGAAGGAGACAACCGAGGAGGAAACGGACCGAGUAAAGACUAGGGGAGGCGAGAAUAAAGAACAGAAGAAGGUGGACGAGAAGAAGACCAAAGAGACGAGGAAUGUAAAGAAAGAAGAGAAAGCUAGAGCAGAACCAACCUCAGAGAAUGAAGGAGCGAGGAAGACGAGAGAAAACGAAACGAAGCAGAAGACAACAAAAGAUCCUGCCGAAGGAGAGAAACAUGUUAGGAGCGAGGAGAGUCAGGCGACGAAGAGGAAGAGAGAGGAGGAAGAGAAGAAGGUACAGAAGAGAAGAAAACAAGACCAGUGCAUGGAAGAGGAAGAAGAAAAGAGUGGACUACAGCCAACAAGCCCGGAGGAGAAGGAGGUGAAGAAGAAAACAAAGGAUGGAGGGGAGGAGAUGGCAGAGGAGAAGGAAGAGGAGCGCCACCAACUGGCUGCCCGGAGGGAGAGUUUGCUUCAGUCUCUGAGAGGUCUGUUGAAGACCAAGGAGUCGACGAAGAACUCUCAGGGUGCAGGAGAGGGAGGAAGGCCUGUUGAGAAGAAAACCACAGCCAGGGGUCAAGAGGACAAGGACAAACGGAAAGGAGAGAAGAUGGAGAGAGGGGGAAAAAUGUCCACCAGAAAGUCAAUGGCAGAGAGGAAGAACGAGAAACGGAAGAAACAUAAAGAUACAAAGAUCUGCGACCAGAAAGAAGAGAGACCAUCCAACCAAAGGACCAGUUCAGACAAGAUGGACAGACAGAAGACAGAGAAGAUGAACGAAGGCACCAGCAAAGACAAGAUGACCACCAGAAAGUCGACAGAUGAGAGGAGCAAUGACGAUGAGAAGACAAAUGAUCAAGUCGAGAGGGUUACAGGACAGGAGUCAACGCAAAAGACGACAGUAGAGAUGAAGAAGGGUGAAAAUGAGGCGAAGAGAGGAACAAGGAAAAUCACAGAGGAGACAAUGGCUGGGAAUGAGGAAAAGAUGUCCACUCGAGGGCUGGCUGCAGAGGUGAAGAAGGACGAGCAGAGGACAGAGAAAGACGAGAGUAAAGAGAAGACCAAGAGCGAAGGAGAAGAAGAGACAAAGCAGCAGAAAGAUGAGAGGAAAAUAAUCGGGAAGAUUGUAAAAGCCAGUCAAGGAACGAAGAUCCAUAUGAAGACGAUGAUGGGAGGAUUGACAAAAACAGCUGUAGAGGAGGAUGAGAAGAGGAAGAAGAAAGAGGAGAAUGUGGACAAAAUUGAGGGGAAAUGGACUUCAGAGAAAGAAAAAAAAGGAAUCACUGAGAGGAAAAAGAAGUCUGAAGCUAAGCCCAAAAGAAGCUCGGAGACAGAGGAGAAAAAACAAAAACAGGGAGAGCAGAAGAAGAAUGAAGCUGAAGGCAAGACGUCAAGGAACCAGGAGGAGCAGAAAGCUCAGGAAGACAGGAAGGAAACGGAGGUGGUGAGACCAACACGGGAACAGAGGAAGAAACAUGAUGGCAAACCUCAGGAGAAACAAGAUGAUGGAGCAACAUCACGGCCAUCAGAAGAGGGUAAAGAGCAGAAGAAGAACGAAGCUGGAGGCAAGACGUCAAGGAACCAGGAGGAGCAGAAAGCUCAGGAAGACAGGAAGGAAACGGAGGUGGUGAGACCAACACGGGAACAGAGGAAGAAACAUGAUGGCAAACCUCAGGAGAAACAAGAUGAUGGAGCAACAUCACGGCCAUCAGAAGAGGGUAAAGAGCAGAAGAAGAACGAAGCUGGAGGCAAGAUGGCAAGGAACCAGGACGAGCAGAAAGCUCAGAAAGACAGGAAGGAAACGGAGGUGGUGAGACCAACACGGGAACAGAGGAAGAAACAUGAUGGCAAACCUCAGGAGAAACAAGAUGAUGGAGCAACAUCACGGCCAUCAGAAGAGGGUAAAGAGCAGAAGAAGAACGAAGCUGGAGGCAAGAUGGCAAGGAACCAGGACGAGCAGAAAGCUCAGAAAGACAGGAAGGAAACGGAGGUGGUAAGACCAACACGGGAACAGAGGAAGAAACAUGAUGGCAAACCUCAGGAGAAACAAGAUGAUGGAGCAACAUCACGGCCAUCAGAAGAGGGUAAAGAGCAGAAGAAGAACGAAGCUGGAGGCAAGAUAGCAAGGAACCAGGAGGAGAAGAAAGCUCAGGAAGACAGGAAGGAAACUGAGGUGGUGAGACCAACACGGGAACAGAGGAAGAAACAUGAUGGCAAACCUCAGGAGAAACAAGAUGAUGGAGCAACAUCACGGCCACCAGAAGAGGGUAAAGAGCAGAAGAAGAACGAAGCUGGAGGCAAGAUGGCAAGGAACCAGGAGGAGCAGAAAGCUCAGGAAGACAGGAAGGAAACUGAGGUGGUGAGACCAACACGGGAACAGAGGAAGAAACAUGAUGGCAAACCUCAGGAGAAACAAGAUGAUGGAGCAACAUCACGGCCAUCAGAAGAGGGUAAAGAGCAGAAGAAGAAUGAUGGAGAGACAAAGAGUGGGACCACCCGAGCUAAGACAGCAGCUGAUGGCUUACAGGUGGAAUCUGUGGCCAAAGAUGGAGGGCAGGUGGAGAAGAAGGGCGUUUCAAGAGAGAGUAAAAUAGGGACGGAGCUGGAACAGCAGAAGAGUUCUGGUCCAACCCUGACAGAUUCGACUCUGCACCGGAUCAACGGAGACCUCCGCAUCUCUCUGAAGACAGACAAGCCCGACAUCAGGAAGUGUCUGUCAGCAUUGGACCAGCUCAGUAUGCUGUUUGUAACGUCUGAACACGUCCAGAGACACAGCGAGCUUGUCGCGACGCUCAGGAAGAUGCGGUUCUAUCGGUCGAACCAGGCCAUCAUGGACAAGGCCUCCAUGCUGUACAACCGCUUCAAGAACGCCUUCCUGGUGGGGGAGGGCGAGGAGGGGGUGAGCGCUGCCUUCCUGCGGUCGCUGCUGCAGGAGAAGGAGAGGGAGGAGGCGCAGAGGGUGGAGCUUUGGAAGGAGAAGUUUCAGAAGAAGAAGAAGGAGGAGGCCAGCCGGUGCCUAGGAGAGGUGGAGAAGAUGGAAACACAAGCUCCACUGGACUCCUCCCAAGACCCGAAGCUGGCAGGACAGAACCCACUCUGAUGGUGUCAGUGUGGGCAGAACCCACUCAGCUGUGUAUUGACCCACUCGACGGCAGUGUUUAAUCAGGCGCCGGUCGUUACAGGAAAGAACACCUUCAACAUGUGACAUGAUGACACUCUUACCACAGCAGUGUUUGCUUGUUUCCUGCCUUGUUUUUAUUUUAUGUCACUCCAGAGCAUUAAUAUUAAUCUUUAACUUUUAAAAUCUCUUCAUUUGAACUUUAACGAACUCAGACAUUGAGUUACUUCCUGUGUGAAGUUCUCCUCUCAUACUUGAACUCCUCUGGUGCUUUUUGUUCCUCAGCCUGCCUGUCCUGUUCAGGGAGCAAGGGGCUGAUGGGAAGUGUAGUUAUCCUUGUUUAUUUAAAUGUGUGUGAAUAAAACGUACAGCAUUAAAUCCAGACAGGAUGUUGAGAAAGUCUGUACAGGAAAGCUUUGCUUUGGUUCUUCUUCAGAUGUUUUUACUUGUGUGUAGCUGCUAGACGUGUUUUUCAUGUUUACCUCGUAAACGUGUAUUUGUCCCAUACAGGAGACCCAAGCAUGUUUUAUAUAAUGUGUCCUCUUUGUACCAAGUGUUGAUAAUUACUAUGCUCUCAUUACUAACAUCACCAUACACAAUAAAGUCCAAAAGUGUUCAUA